AUGAAGGAGUCAGAAAGGGUGAAAGAAUAUUCUAACAAACUUCUAAGCAUUGUAAACAAGGUGAGGUUGUUUGGGACAAAAUUUUCUGAUACAAGGAUAGUACAGAAAAUCCUUGUGACUCUUCCUGAGAGGUUUGAAUCCACCAUUUCCUCUUUGGAAAAUUCCAAGGAUCUGUCAAAUAUCACUUUGGCAGAAUUGAUGUAUGCUUUGCAAGCCCAAGAACAAAGGAGACUCAUGAGGGAGGAAGGCGUGAUUGAAGGUUCUUUACAAGCAAAAUUGAAACUCAAUCAUGGUUACAAAGGAAAGAAAAAAAAGGCUAAAGGGAACAACUUUGAGCAAUGA